GUUUUCAUUCUCUUCAAAGUCCGCCAAUGGUUUCCAAAAAGCCACUCUUUUUUACUUUCCUGUGCGGCACCCAUUUCUGAUUUCCCCAGACCCUAUAUCAGAGCACGAUCAAAGCCGUUAUCAACCCAAAGAUCUGAUUAAUAUCAAAAGGUUAAUUUUAGUUUCAUGGAAGCUGCAAAUUCAAUCGGGUCAGCUGCGGCUCCUAGGCCUGUCCGCCCAGCUGCCCCCAUCGGAACGCUGGGAUGUCACCUGGCCCGGCGGCUUGUGGAGAUCGGCGUCAGGGAUGUGUUCUCUGUGCCCGGGGACUUCAACCUGACCCUUCUGGAUCACUUGAUCGCCGAGCCUGGGCUUAACCUGAUCGGCUGCUGCAACGAGCUCAAUGCCGGGUACGCCGCUGAUGGGUACGCGCGCUCCAACGGCGUUGGCGCGUGCGUGGUCACUUUCACAGUCGGGGGGCUCAGCGUUAUUAACGCUAUCGCCGGCGCUUAUAGUGAGAACUUGCCGGUGAUUUGUAUAGUUGGUGGGCCCAACUCCAAUGAUUACGGGACUAACCGGAUCCUCCAUCACACAAUCGGGUUGCCCGAUUUCUCUCAAGAGCUCAGGUGCUUUCAGACAGUCACUUGUGCUCAGGCAGUGGUGAAUAACUUGGAUGAUGCGCACGAGCAGAUCGACACGGCAAUUUCGACUGCCUUGAAAGAAAGCAAGCCGGUUUAUAUUAGUAUCAGUUGUAAUUUGUCGGCUUGUCCUCAUCCGACUUUCGCUAGGGAGCCGGUGCCCUUCUUUAUAGCACCAAAGGUUAGUAAUCAACUAGGAUUAGAGGCAGCGGUGGAAGCGACGGCUGAGUUUUUGAAUAAAGCUGUGAAGCCUGUCAUUGUGGGUGGGCCCAAGUUAAGGUUUGGAAAGGCGCGAAAGGCCUUCGUAGAGCUUGCAGAUGCCAGUGGGUAUCCAAUAGCUGUCAUGCCCUCAGGCAAGGGGUUAGUUCCGGAGCACCACCCGCACUUCAUUGGGACUUACUGGGGAGCUGUCAGCACCAGCUUCGUCGGGGAGAUUGUGGAGUCUGCCGAUGCCUAUGUUUUUGUUGGUCCCAUCUUUAAUGAUUACAGCUCUGUUGGUUACUCCUUGCUGAUCAAGAAGGAGAAAGCAAUAAUGGUGCAUCCUAAUCGUGUGACUAUAGCCAAUGGUCCCUCUUUUGGCUGGGUUUUCAUGGCCGAUUUCUUAAGUGCAUUGGCCAAAAAGCUGAAGGGAAACAGUACAGCUCUUGAGAAUUACCGUAGGAUCUUUGUGCCACCAGGCAUCCCUCUAGAGUGUGAGAAAGACGAGCCUCUAAGGGUCAAUGUUCUCUUCAAGCACAUUCAGGAAAUGUUAGGUGGAGACACUGCAGUAAUUGCUGAGACUGGAGACUCGUGGUUCAAUUGCCAGAAACUUCGCCUCCCUGAGAACUGUGGGUUUGAAUUCCAGAUGCAAUAUGGAUCUAUUGGCUGGUCAGUUGGUGCCACUCUUGGAUAUGCUCAGGCUGCCAAAGAUAAGCGUGUGAUUGCUUGUAUUGGUGAUGGUAGUUUUCAGGUUACAGCUCAGGAUAUUUCAACCAUGAUUCGAUGCGGACAAAGGACCAUCAUAUUCCUAAUCAAUAAUGGAGGUUAUACAAUUGAAGUUGAGAUUCAUGAUGGCCCAUACAAUGUGAUUAAGAACUGGGACUACACUGGCCUUGUUGAUGCCAUCCACAAUGGCGAGGGCAAAUGCUGGACUGCCAAGGUAAAAACAGAGAAUGAACUGCUAGAAGCCAUUGCAACAGCAACAGGAGCACAAAAGGAUUCUCUAUGUUUCAUUGAAGUAUUUGUGCAUAAGGAUGACACCAGCAAAGAGCUGCUGGAGUGGGGAUCCCGAGUUUCUGCUGCUAAUGGCCGCCCUCCAAAUCCUCAAUAACAGAUUGGUGUUGGAAAAUUUCUUUACGCAGGUUUGGAGUUCGUAUCUCGAGUUCUAAUCCAGGGACAUGUAGCAGAGCUACAAAUAAGAGAAAACAGGCCUUCUUAGUUUGGAUGAGAUUUCUAUUGUUGCUGCAUCCUGCUUUUUGUUGUAUAAGAGCCGAGUGUUUAUUGCCGUAUAUUAGUAUCAAAGCAUUUUGGAGUUAUGAAACUAAUCUUGCCUUUCGUUCAUCCUACCCACCUGGCUAGCUACGUGAUGUAUUAAUAAAAACUUAGAAAUCUCGUGUUUCUUUUGA